GUGGAAAUGGUGUCUUCAGACCCAUUCGUGGAGCUGCAGGUCCCCGAGUCACGUGUGCUCAUUGUCAUAACCGGGGGCACGAUAUGUAUGCAAAGAUCAGAAGACGGCUUAAUACCGGCAAGAGGGUUCCUGAAGAGCGGGCUGGCGCCACGGCCGUGUUUCAACGACGGAUCGUAUCCUGACCCUCUUGAAAUCGCAAUCGACGACAAGGGAACGAGAAAGGCUGUCCAGAGUCUGAGGACCCCCGUCAGUGCAUACGACCGCCGCGUGCGAUACAGUGUGCUCGAGUUCGACGAACUGCUCGACAGCAGCUCCAUCAAUGCUGAUGGAUGGGAUCAGAUUGCUAGGACCAUCUAUCGCAAUUAUCAGUUGUUCGAUGGGUUUGUUGUACUUCACGGUACCGACUCUCUGGCGUACACGAGCUCCGCGUUAAGCUUCAUGUUUCAUAAUCUGGGCAAACCAGUCAUUCUCACGGGAUCGCAGGCGCCCAUGAUGCAGCUGCAAACGGACGCGCAGGACAACCUGCUGGGGGCCCUGAUAGUGGCCGGACAUUUCAUGAUCCCGGAAGUCUGUCUGUUUUUCAACUUCAAGCUCUUCCGCGGUAACCGCACGACCAAGGUCUCAGCAGACGACUUUGCUGCUUUCAACAGUCCCAACAUGCCGCCGCUGGGCACCAUCACAUCUCUGAGGACUAAUGUCUCGUGGCCUCUUGUCCAUCGGUCGAGAGAUAUGCAGGCAUUUUCGGUUCAAUUCAGAUUGAACACGGCACAUGUAGCCUGCCUCCGCAUUUUCCCCGGUAUGAAGCCUGAGAUGGUGGAUGCAGUUCUACAUCUGGAAGGGCUGCGAGGGCUGGUUCUGGAGACGUUUGGCGCGGGAAAUGCUCCGGGAGGUGCAGAUGGCGCCAUGACACGUAUCCUGGCAGACGCAGUCAAGAGGGGCAUUGUGAUUGUGAACGUGACACAGUGCUUGAGCGGCAGCGUGAGUCCUCUGUAUGCGCCAGCAACAAUCUUGGGCCGGGCAGGCGUGGUGUUUGGCAUGGACAUGACGUCUGAAGCAGCCCUCACCAAGCUGGCGUACCUGCUGGCUCUCCCCGACGCGACCCCCAGCGAAGUGGCCAAACAAAUGUCGGUAUCUAUACGGGGCGAGCUCACGGAAGCAACGCGCACGCAUUUUGAGCACCCGAAGACGAACGGAGCGCUCACGCCAGAGUUGUCAAGCUUGACAGCCCUAGGAUACGCGAUCCAGGAUGGAGACCUCGCCAGGACGCAGGAGGUGAUCCGCGGUGAAGCUCGUUGGCUGCUUAAUGAUGCCGACUACAAUCUCAAUACACCCGUGCACCUCGCGGCGACCGGGCCGAACGUCGAGAUUCUUCACGAUUUCCUGUCCCAGGGAGCCUCGGUCCACCUCCGAAACCGAAGCGGGCACACUCCACUGUUUCUGGCAGCGGCUGCGGGGAAGGCAGAUCACGUGAAGGUGCUCAAGGGCGCUGGAGCGCAUUUGCACUCGGAUGAGAUGGUUGCGGUUGGAGAUGACGAGGUCUGGAAGGCGGCGAUUGGCUGAAAGAAGGAUGAAUGGGUGGAUGUAGUCAAGAUAGCUAUCAUAAUAGCAUAGAUACCGGAACGGCGGGUAAUCAAGAGGCCGCAUGGAAGAGGCUGUUGGGCUGCAGGCGGCGGCGGGGGCUUUUUUUUUUCUGCUGUGCUGGCCUCGUCCAUGGCC